UGUGCGUUAGCAUCUUGAAUCUCGAUGGCGCAAGGUGCCACGGUGGUCUCGUUCGUCGCGGUCGUCCUAGCUGCAUGCUGGGUCCAAGGCGCAUCGCUCGAGAGCAUGCUCGCCAUCGACUCGACGGCUGGGACCUUUAUCUCCGCCUUCCAGUUUGUCAGCGUCGCGAUCACGAGCAUCCCGACCUCGCCCCGCGUGCUGCCGCUGCCCGUCCAUCUCGGCCUUGCCGGGCUCUACUUUGGCGUGAGCCAAAUGAACUCGGUCGCGCUCACGUGCGGCGUCUCGUUCCCGCUGCUGAAUCUCUUUCGGUCGUCGACGCCGGUCGCGUCGCUUCUCGUCGGCGCCGUGUGCUUCCGGAAGCGCUACGCGGCGCACCAGAUCGGCGGCGUCGGUCUCAUCUCGCUGGGCAUUCUCAUGACGACGCUAAUGGACAAGCCGCUCUUUGGCCGCGUGACCUUUUGCAGCGACACCCAAAGCGCGCUCUGCGCCUACCCGCAGCUCCAAGCUGUUGUCGCCCUCCUCGGGCACUGGCGCGUCGGCGUCACGCUCCUCGUCGCCGCCUUGCUGCUUGGCUCGUUCUUGGGCCACUGCCAGAACGCAGCGUUGAAAGCGUACAAGAGUGCGUCGAGCGGCGACGUGGCGCGCGAGAGCAUGUUCUACAUGCACGUGUUCUCGCUACCGCUCAUGCUGCUGUCGGAGCGGUCGACAGUCGCGGCGCGUCUCUCCGACUGGAGCCACGGCGAUCUCUGGGCGCUGCCGCCAUGGCUACUGGGGCCCGUUGCCGUGCCGCACCUGCUGGCGCUGCUCAGCGUCAACCUCGUCGCCAACUAUGUGUGCAUUCGCGCCGUGUACCAUCUCGCGGCUCGCGUCUCGACCGUAUCGCUGCAAGUGAUUUUGACCUUCCGGAAGGCGUGCAACCUCGUCUUCAGCGUGCUCUACUUUGCCCACGUCUUUCAUGUGGCGCAGUGGCUGGGCACGCUUGUCGUCUUCCUCGGCGUCCUCCUCUACACGGACGUGCUGACCGGUGGGGCUCGAGUUAAAGUCAAAGCUGCUUGAAGAGAAUACACAAG